UGGCCGCCUCCGCCCGUCCCCUCUUUGCCUCAACCUGUGCUGGAGCAGGAAGUGUUUGAGCAGGCUGGGCAGGGUUUCUUGUGUGGUCUGUCUUCGGGACUGUCGAUUAAGAAGUAUCCUAACGUUCGGAUUUAAGUGACACUCUGAGUCCUGAACAAUGAAUGACCAGCAGCUGGACUGCGCUCUUGACCUGAUGCGGCGUCUGCCGCCUCAGCAGAUAGAGAAGAACUUGAGUGACCUCAUUGAUUUGGUGCCCAGUCUGUGUGAGGAUUUGCUAUCUUCAGUAGAUCAGCCACUGAAAAUUGCUCGUGACAAGACUGUGGGGAAGGACUACUUGCUUUGUGACUAUAACAGAGAUGGUGACUCUUACCGGUCUCCUUGGAGUAAUAAGUAUGAACCACCCAUCGAGGAUGGUGCCAUGCCCUCUGCCCGCUUGCGUAAAUUGGAGAUUGAGGCAAACAAUGCAUUUGACCAGUACAGAGAUUUGUAUUUUGAAGGAGGUGUGUCCUCUGUGUAUCUCUGGGAUCUGGAUCAUGGAUUUGCUGGAGUAAUUCUUAUCAAAAAGGCUGGGGAUGGCUCCAAAAAGAUCAAGGGAUGCUGGGAUUCAAUCCAUGUGGUAGAAGUACAGGAAAAGUCCAGUGGUCGCACGGCCCACUACAAACUUACAUCCACAGUUAUGUUGUGGUUACAGACCACUAAGACUGGCUCAGGAACAAUGAAUUUGGGUGGAAGUCUGACAAGACAGAUGGAGAAGGAUGAGACUGUUAGUGACUCUUCUCCACACAUAGCUAACAUUGGGCGACUGGUAGAGGACAUGGAAAAUAAAAUCCGAAGUACUUUGAAUGAGAUAUAUUUUGGGAAAACAAAAGAUAUUGUCAAUGGCCUGAGAUCUAUUGAUGCUUUGCCUGACAAUCAAAAGUACAGGCAGCUGCAGCGUGAGCUGUCUCAGGUGCUCACUCAGCGGCAGAUUUACAUCCAGCCAGAUAACUAGAGUCGGCAGGUAUCUGGCAGUAUGCCAGUAGUGUGCCAGGGAGUGUUCAGACAAUGGCAGACAAAUCCAGGCAAGAUGCUCUCAAGAAUGACUUGAUGAAGGCCUUGAAGGGCAAACAGCAAAGUUAGAAAUAGCCAUCUUGUAUGUCCGCUCCUCUACUGCCCCUUGCUACGCACUCUUGUACUUUAGGAAAAGCCCAAUGGUGCCCUUCACACACAGGACCCUUUCCUUCCUUUUCACCCUGUCUGUCUUUUUAAAUUGUAAUUAAUGGCUCAGCACUGUGUUCUUGUAUAUUGAAACCAUUUCUUUAAAAAAAAAAAAUGACAGCCGUUAAACAACAUGACCUCUUGUACUUUUUGUGUAUAAAAUGUAAAGCAGAAGUGAUUUAAAACAGCAGUGCAGGGUAGGAAUGGCUCCUAUUUGUGGCUGGGAUUGCAUAUACAGCUCUCUUGUACAGAAGGCAGAUGACACUCCGCUGUCUCUUCUACCCUUUCCUUUUCUAGGGCUAGAAUACUCCUUUCUUAAAGGAAGCAGUUUUCUUGCCCCAGUUUUCGCAAAGCUUAAUCUGAUAAGUAUCCAUCUUGUAAUACAGACACCAUAAUAAAGUUGUUAAAAGAAAA